AUGGAGACCAAUAAGAACCCAUACGGCCACAGACUACAUGAAGCAAUGCUUCAAAGAUUUCCCGCUCUACAGGGAAAAACCAUCCAGAACAUCCUAGACCAAAGAAGACAACUAUUUGUAAAACACCGGCUUAAACCUGAAGUGAUUCAAACUAUGAGAAAACAGGUGGCUCUAGAGCUGGAGUGGACAGUCGUUGUCGCAGCGGAUGCUACAACCGAACAACGGGAUGAUACCUCAGGGAAUGCCGCUCAGCUUGUCAACCCUUCUGACCAGUCUGCACAUGAGACCCUUCAGGAAUGUCUUGAAAGGUACGCUGGCCUGGACCAGCUUAGUAGACCUAGGAUACCCAGACUAAGAACAAAUCGGGACACCAAGAACAUACUUAAAUCAAUGAACAACAGAAGACUGGAGGACAAAAUUGCGACUUUGAGAAGAGAGAUCGGUAUAUUCACUGAAACGCUUGAACCCAGAAAACCAAGUAAACGGGUCAAAAAGCAUGCCGAUAACGUGCAAAAAAAAUACGGAGACUCUGGAAACCAUACUGUGGAUACUGUGGAUCUGCUAAAGCAGAAACUGCGGGUAUAUGUAAAUAGACUGCGCAGAUACAAGCAAUCAUGGCAUAGAAGAGUGGAUAAUAACCUCUUUAACCGGAGCCCUGGUGCUUUUUACAGAAACUUGGCGCCAUCAACCACCGACGACAAGGGCCAAUACCCGGAACCAGAAAGUAUCAGGGAAUUUUGGAGAGGCAUCUGGCAGGUCCUUUUCAAUCACAAAGUUUCGGCUGAGUGGAUAAAGUGCGAACAAAAGAAGACCGAAAGAAUAAAACUCAUGCUGCCUCAAGUGAUCGUCGUAGAGGACCUAAAUGAAGUCCUGGCGAAAGCUAAAAACUGGAAAGCCCCCGGACCGGAUGGGAUACAGAACUUUUGGUACAAGAAAUUCACCGCUGUAAGGUCCAAACUUGCUGACAUCUUGAGCCUGAUACUGGAUAACCCUCAGUCUGCGCCAUCCUUUCUGACGAAAGGGAUGACCUACCUUCUCCCAAAGACAGAUUACCCAAUUAAAGAUCCCUCAAAAUACAGACCCAUAACGUGCCUGCCCACGAUAUACAAAAUUCUCAAUGGAAUAAUAGCUAACAAACUAUACCAACACAUGGAUGAUAACAAUUUUUUGUCUGAAGAGCAGAAGGGGUGCAGGCGGCAUGCACAGGGGUGUAAGGAACAACUUGCAAUUGACAACGUUGUCACCCGCAACGCAAUAGCUUACUGCAUAUAUUGA